AAUCUCUCAUCCAAUGAUAAGCGGAGGGACAGCAAGAAGGAUGGUCUCUAUCAGCUAGUUUUCUACUUCCUACCUUCUCUCUGUCAGGCAGUGCAGCAGGCGCUCGCUCCCCGCCGCCUUCCUCCUUCUGCAGCGCGGUGGGGGUGACGAGGACAAUCGCGACCCUCUCAGAGCUCUCUUUCGCAGGAUGAGGCUGGUAAUACUGGAUAACUAUGAUUUGGCUAGUGAGUGGGCUGCAAAGUAUAUCUGCAAUCGCAUCAUCCAGUUCAAGCCAAGUCAAAACAAGCAUUUUAUUCUUGGUUUGCCAACAGGAAGUACACCUCUGGGAUGCUACCAAAAACUGAUAGAAUAUCACAAAAGAGGAGAUCUCUCUUUCAAAUAUGUGAAGACCUUCAAUAUGGAUGAAUAUGUGGGGCUUCCCAGAAGUCACCCAGAGAGCUACCAUUCUUACAUGUGGAACAAUUUUUUUAAGCAUAUUGAUAUAGAUCCAAACAACGCUCAUAUUCUUGAUGGGAAUGCUCCAGAUUUAAAAGCAGAGUGUGAUGCUUUUGAAAAAAAGAUAGAAGAAGCUGGGGGAAUUGAUCUGUUUGUUGGAGGUAUUGGUCCAGAUGGUCACAUAGCUUUCAAUGAACCAGGCUCAAGUCUGGUAUCAAGAACAAGACUGAAGACACUAGCCAUGGACACCAUUCUGGCAAAUGCAAAAUACUUCAAUGGAGACUUGUCUAAAGUUCCAACAAUGGCAUUAACAGUUGGUGUGGGGACAGUAAUGGAUGCUAGAGACGUGAUGAUUCUAAUCACAGGAGCACACAAAGCAUUUGCCUUGUACAAGGCAAUUGAAGAAGGGGUCAAUCAUAUGUGGACAGUAUCUGCUUUCCAGCAACAUCCUCAUACUAUCUUUGUAUGUGAUGAAGAUGCUACCUUAGAACUGAGAGUUAAAACGGUCAAGUAUUUUAAAGGUUUAAUGCACGUGCACAACAAACUUGUGGACCCACUACACAGUAUGAAAGAGCAAAACUGAAGGAGAAAUCAAAGCUGGACUCCCGGUCUGGUUGAUCCUGGCAGUGUUCUAGGUAGCAGAAGAAUUUACUGCUAUGCAUUAUGCUGAAGACCUGCUAAAAUGGAGAAUCUUAAGUACUUUUUUUUUUAUCAAGGUCCAAAUAUAUACCUUUACAUUCCUUAUAGCACUGUUGAAGCUAUGUUCUCUGCUUUCCUAUCCAGAUUUGUUUUGCCUGUUACACACUAGCUAUGUGCUACUGGAAACUACUGGAACAGAAGUUCUGACUUGAAAGCUCAGUCUUUUACAAACUGUCUAUAGAGAGAGAAAAGCAUUCUACAACUUAAAUAUAAUUUUUUUCUUGGCCUUUGUAAUGCUAUUCUAUGAACUAAUCAUCAGGCACUUUACUACAAAAUGUUUACACAUACCCCUAAACUUCAGAAGUUGGUUGCCUUAAAGUCAUACAUCUGGUUAGCCACGGGACACAGUAUCAGCGCUAGUGAGCUUGAAAAUAGUAUUUGCAGUGCAGGUGAUCAUUUCAGUAAAUGACACCAGUAUCCCAAAGGAGUAGCAAAGUCUGUCUGCAGCAAGAACAACAAAGAAUCCUGUGGCAUCUUCAAGAUUAAUUCUAAUGGUUGUAUGUGUAUAUAUAACUUUCUGUUAGAGCUCUCUCAACUUAAAUUUUGUUAAUUUAAUCAUUGGAGUUGUAUUGGGUUGGUUUUGGCUUACCUUCCAUGUGAGGGUGGGGGAAGGAUGAGUGUAUACUUCAUAGUCUGAAUGCCAAUGCAACCAUUAAAUCUCCAUUGUAGUAAUCCACCACUUACAAUUUACAUACAUCCUGUUUGUUCACAUACCCUGUUUGCAAUUCACUUUACCCAGGGUGAACUGGCUUUAAAGAAAAGCUCUGUUUCUUUAAAGAGUAUUUUAUCCCAGAGAGGAGGCUGAAAGGAUGUACUCUUCUUUGCAGACAAGAAGUAUAUUUGCUAAUAGUGGAGAAACAGCCCAUCAAACCUCAAUACACAAAUUGCUCAAAUAUUUUCAUUUUCAAACCACUCUGGUCUCAUAAAUGUCUAAUACACUUAAGUCUUUGUUUAAAGAUUAACAUGCAUGUAUGACUACUGCAGAAACAGCUACAGCUCAGUGGGCCGACACAUGUGUUAACUGUAAAAGAUGAGGUUUAAUAUUUGGUAUUCCAAAUUAAAGGUAGGGCUGGACUAUACCUCUUUCUGAAACAGAGAGUUGCUUCUAGUCAGUGUAGAGAAUACGGGAUCAGAUCAGCCAGUGGUUUGAUUCAGUAAAAGGCAGCUUUAUUUAAUACUGAACACUUGCAGCUGCAUCUGUGAGCCAACUGCACUGUAAAGCAUUUUUUAGAUGUGAUCGGAUUCUUGCAUGUCAGUCACCUGUUGAUAGUGUGUGCUUGUAAAUGGCUCUGCAUAUGACUGUGAUUACAAGCAAUGUGUGUUUUAAAGUCUUGCUAAACAGAAGCUAGUAAUGUUAAAUCAGUUUAAGCUACUACCAUCCCACUGCUGUCACUUCAUAUAUAUAUAGUAUAAUAACCAAAGGCUGACUACUUUAACUCACUCUAUGUAGUAACAAUCUGAAUUAAAGAAAUUAAUCAGUUAACUGAAUCAGUUAAAGAAAACUGAUUUCAUGAGACACUGUCUACAUGUACUGGUUUAAUCUGUGCGAAGGGGAAAGGAGGCUUUCAGGGUAACUGCUCUUAAAAAAAAAAGUUAAAUCUAAAGGUGUCCUUUUGCACAUGGAAAGUGUCUUCCAUUCCACAAGAGCUGUCACCUUUUAGAGAGGGAAAGUAAUUAAACAUCUCAUAUUUUGUUACUUUUAAAAAGUAGAGAAAGGAGGAUCUGGAUUGGGACCAUGGUAUGGCAGGAGGGAGGCUUAACUCUUUUGCUUUGUGCAGUCGUCUUAAUGAAAAUCACCCCUUUCCCUAGAAGUGCUAUUUUCCUUAUGCCACACUGUUUGGAGGGAUGCCAUUACUGUUUCUAAAAGCAUAACAUGGAUAGUCACAGUUGGUUUGGCUCCACAUUCAAGAGUAUUCUUCCACUUGUAUAACCUCAAGUAUAUACAGGUGACCCUCGUUAUUCAUAGGUGUUCCAUUCUUGCCUAAGGGCAUGAAUACAGAAACCGUGAAUAAUGAAACCUUACCCCUAUGGGGAUCUAGGAGUUAGGUUCCUAACCAAAAACGGGGUGAGGCAGAAAUAAGAGGAGAAAAGCACUGUACCUUAUUCUUCAGGUCUCCAGCAAUGCCCCCAAAAUAAGUUGGAUGUUUGCCUUUUUUUCCCCAGAGCCACAAAAUGGCUCUGUGUUGUAAAAUGGCAGCCAGAAAUGACACUGGAUGACAUUUCUGGCCACUCAAACUGCAGAUAGGUGAAUUUUGCCUAUUUUUCUACCAGUGGAUAAAGAAACUGGAUCUCUAAGGCCCAACCAUGAUAGGGAGGGCCACCUGUGCUUUGCAUACAUGACUCAACGGAUCAUAAGUAUACUAUAAGGCAGAUAUGGGGGACAUAUAGUCCAUACUAAGAUAAAUGAGAAUAUUUGUAAAAAGCACCCUUUUCCCAUGUUAUUUAUUAUGCUGGCCUUCAAUAUCUAAAUAAAUAAAAGCAUAUUCAAGUGGA